AUGACUGGAAUGACGGCAACAGAGAACAACUGGGAGGCCAAGGUGGCGGAGAAGCGCAAACAAUUGGAACUACAGAUUCCCCAAGAUUGGCGUUUGAAUGCCACAUUUUUGUCCAAGCUCCCAUCAAAUGGCCACCUCCUAGAAGUGGACAUCCCACGCCACAGUGGACUCCUCACAGAGGAGGAGCUGGAUAUCACAGAAGAGUACACUGCGACACAGCUGCUGCAAAGGCUUGCCUGGGGCGAGGUAACCUCGCUGGCAGUCACUACGGCUUUUUGCAAACGCGCAGCCAUAGCCCAGCAACUAACCUCAUGCUUGACAGAAUACUUUUUCGACAGAGCGCUUGAGCGUGCUCAAUACCUGGAUGAUUAUCUGAAGCGAGAAAAACGGGUCAUGGGCCCGUUACACGGCUUACCGAUCAGUCUCAAAGAUAGCUUCUGCGUCAAGGGCGUUCUGAGUACGGUGGGAUAUGUCUCAUUCUUAGAUAACUCGCCAGCAGAAACCAACUCUGCUCUGGUCGAUCUGCUGCUUGACUUAGGUGCGGUUCUUUAUGUCAAGACCAAUAUUCCGCAGACAAUGAUGACGGGUGAUUCAGACAAUAAUAUUUACGGUCGUACAUUAAACCCGCACAAUAUAAGCCUGACCGCCGGAGGCUCCUCCGGUGGUGAAGGAGCUCUCGUUGCCUUCCGGGGCUCGAUCCUCGGCAUCGGAACUGAUAUCGCAGGCUCAAUCAGAAUUCCGUCGCUGUGUUGCGGUGUUUAUGGAUUCAAGCCCACCGCAGAUCGCAUUCCGUUCGGUGGACAGGUGUCCGGGGCAAUUGAGGGAGUCCCCGGCAUAAAGCCAGCGGCCGGACCACUGGCUCAGUCGUUAGAUGACAUUGAGAUGUUCAUGUCAACUGUGCUCAAAGCUGAGCCCUGGCGAUAUGACGUGACUGCAAUUGGGUCACCCUGGGUGACGACACUCAACUUGCCCUCAUUAUUAACGAUCGGAGUCCUCGGUGAAGAUCCUCAAUUCCCAAUUCAUCCUCCUGUCCGCCGCGCAAUGGAGUCAGCAAUCGCGGCACUAGGCAAGAAAGGACACAGAAUAGUGCGCCUGGAACAUGACCCUGCACGGGGCGUGGCAUAUGCGAGUCGUCUAGCCUUUCAGUAUUUCACGUAUGGGCCACAUAUCGAUCACGUCGAAGCCAGUGGGGAGCCGUUGGUGGCAUCAGUGGCAAAGUUAGCUAAUCCAAUGUUCACUGGGCCAUUUCCUGUGGACCAGGAAGGAGCCUUUGAGAAAAUUGAGGGACUCUAUAACGCACGAAAGGAUUACGCUGAAGCAUGGCGCAGGACAUGGGUCCAAUACGGCAUAGAUGUUCUUCUAACACCUGGAGCCCAGAAUACGGCCACGCCGCAUGACACAUAUGGAUGGCCACCGUACACGGUCAUCUGGAACCUUCUGGAUUAUCCUGCAUGCAUUGUGCCGUACAGCAAAGCUUCGAAGGUGCUUGAUCCAGAUCCUAUGCCAGUACAUGAUGGAGUUCAGCCGAGCUAUGAACCUGACUCCGUUGAUGGAGCCCCAUGUGCUCUUCAAAUCGUAACGCCCCGGCACCAAGAUGAGAAAUGCCUUCUCUUUUCCAGGCUGAUCGACAGAGACAUCCGUUAA